AUAAGUGAACGGGUAGCCGGUCUACCUUCCUCUUUCUUGCUCCCCAUAUUCCAAAGUCAUUGGACAAACACCUUCUGAAAUAUGUCUGCUAAAUCAAUUCACGAGGCCGAUGGAAAGGCGCUUCUUGCCUACUUCCUGGCUCGCUCUCCCGCAAUCUCGAAGGAGGCUUCCGCAACCUCGUUCGUCCCCGCUCCGCCGCGUCUAGCCUCUCUCACCUUCCCCGAUGAUUCUACUGAGACCGUCACCGCCGUGCUGGACGCGGCCGAGAAGACCUACCCUUGGCUUCUUCAGGAGGGCGCCAAGUUUGUCGCUAAGCCAGAUCAAUUGAUCAAGCGACGAGGAAAAUCCGGCUUGCUGUCGCUGAACGUCACAUGGAGCCAGGCCCGCGAGUGGGUUGCCGCCCGCGCUGGCAAGGAGAUCGCUGUCGAGGGAAUCAAGGGAUAUCUCCGCACAUUCCUUGUGGAGCCUUUUGUUCCUCACGCGCAGGAGACUGAGUACUACAUCAACAUCAACUCGGUCCGUGAGGGGGACUGGAUCCUUUUCUACCACGAGGGUGGUGUUGAUGUUGGCGACGUCGACGCGAAGGCCUCUAAGCUCUUGAUCCCGGUUGAUCUGGAGUCGGGCUACCCUUCCAAUGCCACAAUUGUUUCCACUUUGCUUUCCAAGGUGCCGGAGGCUCAGCACGCAACCCUGGUCGACUUCAUCAACCGUCUUUACGCUGUUUACGUCGAUUUGCAGUUCACGUAUCUCGAGAUCAACCCUCUUGUUGUCAUUCCUACCGCUUCUGGAGUUGAGGUUCACUACCUCGACUUGGCUGCGAAGCUCGACCAGACUGCUGAGUUUGAGUGUGGUGCCAAAUGGGCGAUUGCUCGCUCGCCUGCUGCUCUUGGUAUCACUGAGGUUGCCCAGUCUACUACAAACAUCGAUGCUGGUCCACCAAUGGUUUUCCCUGCGCCUUUUGGUCGCGAGCUCACGACCGAGGAAGCCUACAUUGCGGAACUGGAUUCCAAAACUGGUGCUUCUUUGAAGCUGACCAUUCUUAAUCCGGCUGGCCGGGUAUGGACUCUUGUCGCUGGCGGCGGAGCUUCAGUUGUUUACGCUGAUGCGAUUGCGUCAGCUGGAUACGCCAACGACAUUGCCAACUAUGGCGAGUACUCAGGUGCUCCUUCGGAGACGCAGACUUACGAAUACGCCAAGACCGUUUUGGAUCUGAUGACCCGUGGCUCGCCCGCCGAAGGCGGAAAGGUUCUCUUUAUCGGAGGUGGUAUUGCCAACUUUACCCAGGUCGGCUCUACUUUCAAGGGAAUCAUUCGUGCUUUCAAGGACUACCAGUCUCAGCUGCAUGCUCAUGGCGUGAAGAUGUACGUCCGUCGUGGCGGUCCCAACUGGCAGGAAGGUCUGAGACUUAUCAAGAACUGUGGAGAGGAGCUCGACAUCCCUAUGGAGGUUUACGGACCCGAUAUGCAUGUUUCAGGAAUCGUUCCUUUGGCUUUGCUGGACAAGCGCCCUGCUGGAAUCAAAGCGUUUGGCGCUGGUGAUGGUAUUUCUGUUAUGUAACUUGCCUUUGUUGUAUUGUAGGUGAAGAAGGAGUGCAGAAAAGAUAGGUGUUUUACAGGAUAUAAAUUGAUGUAAGCAAGAUAUUCGCAACAUACAUUUUUAGCAGAGCAGAGUAAAAGUGAAGUAAGGGUGGGGCGAGCCUCGGCUGGCUGGCAGGA